AUGCAGCGGUUCAUUGAGAAAAACAAAUCCAUUCAGGAGACUCCUCAGCAUCCCUGCGUCAGUGCUGACGUCAGACACAAUGAUAAAGAGGUUGGCCGGGAUGCGAGCUUUGAGGACGCUCAGUUUGUGCCGACAGUCACUGCCAUUUCCUCUACCCCAGAUUUCCAGUGGAUGGUCCAGCCUACGAUCAUCACAUCUGUCUCCCAGUCACUGGGUAGCAAACCAGCCAAGGAGCCCCAGAGCUCCCACCGCACAGCAGCCAAAGCGGGCAGGAGCAAGGGGAAAAAUGCUUCCAGGAAGGGGAAAGCCGAGCAGCUCUCUCCAGAGGAGGAGGCGAAAAAGAAGAUACGGAGGGAGAGGAAUAAAAUGGCUGCAGCGAAGUGUCGCAACAGACGGAGGGAACUCACAGACACGCUGCAAGUUGAGACAGACGAGCUGGAGGAGGAGAGAUCAGCCCUGGAGACGGAGAUAGCCAACCUGCGGAAAGAGAAGGAGCGCCUCGAAUUCAUCCUCGCCACCCAUCAUCCAGCGUGCCACAUGUCCGAGGAGCUGGAGGCUGUGUUCCAGGAGCCCGCAGCAUCCUUGGAGCUACCGCCCAGUCCGGACGAGGACAGGCUUCCAGAGGACGGCACCCAGGAGGCUCCUUCGCUCCAGGACAUGGACACCCCCAGCGACCCCUGCACAGCCAUCUCCGGGAACUCCAACAUCCUGCUGUGUGCCAGCGCCGAAAUCAACAUCUGCGACCUGGAGCCCUCGCUGGACAUGAAGGAGGGGCUGCUGGACGCCAUGCUGCCCACCCUGGAGGAGAAGAUGCCCAUGGAGACGGCUCGGUCCGUGCCAGACAUAGAUCUGAGCAGCUCUCUCGGAGUCUCCGACUGGGAGACCCUGUACAAGUCGGUGUCGAGCGACCUGGAGCCCCUCAGCACCCCCGUGGUGACGUGCACCCCCACCUGCAGCAGCUACCUGUCUGUGUUCACGUUUGCAUAUCCGGAGCUGGACUCUGUGCAGGAGGGGCUGGAGAGCCAUAAAGGCGGAGGGGGCAAAGCUGAGUCUGACAUCCUCAACUCUCCAACUCUCCUGGCCUUAUAAUGUACAGAGGCUCACAGGCUCUCUCUGGUUUCUCUGUCUGCAGGUUGCUGUCUAUGAUAUGAUAUGAACCAUGUAUGCCACAGUAUGCUGUAACACUUCGAGGGAUACAGUCAUGAAAUGUGUCGUAUGUGACUCAGCAGACGUGUAAACCUUCUCCAGACACCUAGCCG